AUCAUAGCUCUCAUCAAACGGACAAUGGCGCGGAUUUGCGAAAACCUUUAUUAUUUUUUUCGGUGGGAGGGGAGAUUUGGCAUUCCUGUUCUCUGGGUGGUAGAGCUUAUGACACUUAUCGGAUUCUCGGGAGGCGUUUUCUUUUGGACAUUAUUCUUGAAUUUUGUUUUGGUUUCUUCUGUCUCAUACGGAGCGGCUCGCGCAUACGGAACCUUUUUCCAGUCGUACAUAUUACCUCCAACAGCAUAUGUUUACCAUUUCCCCCCAAAUAUUUAGACCCAGACCCUCAACGGGCUGAGGGAGUGUGUGUGAGAGAGGCGGUCUGUUUCAAACAAAAAAUAUCUACCUUGUUCCUGCACAUAGAUUAGAAGUAGAGAAUGCCCAGAAGGGCAUAUUUGGUACAUCGGUUAGAAAGGGCAUAUAGGGGCAGGGGGUGGGGAGGAAAGACAAAUCGGAGUCGCUCGGUGCGGGAUGAUCUCACGAGUCUUCUUGCGCUGUCUUUUUCAUCUUGGUACGGUAUAUACUUGCCUCUUUGGGUAUAUUAUUCAGAUAUAGCUAUUGCUAUUAUAACACACCGUUAUUAUAACAUCCUGACCAUCGCGGAACACAUGCCCAUGCGUCGAUCAGCUGACAGCUUGCGACUCAAUCGGGGGCCAUGCAUAAUUCCCCUGGUAGACGCGGCGAAGAGGCUCCGCAAAGAUUGGGGGGGUUUUUCUUGGGUAUUCCCAAGCCAAGGAUCCAAGAUGACCAGGAUGACAAAUUAUCGAUGCAGCAUACGCGCGGUUCGCGGUAUAUAUGUAGAUGGUAACCCACUAUACCAUAUACGUAUAGGUAGAUCAGAUGUAGGUUAGAGAUGACGGGUCUACAGUAGCGCGUCUUGUCGCUCCGAGAUUUCUGUUCCUGCAGCCGAUGUCGCGAACCUCCGAAUGAAGCGA